GUUGAUAACAUGAGAAACCAUCAUGGGGGUAAGGUGUAGCACCGAUGUUACGGCAUCGAUGUUCCAUUUAAGGUCGUGAACUUUGGUGUUUCACAAUAACUGCUCACUUGAUGCUGCGAGUCGUGCGACAACAAUGUUUUUGUGUUACCAGUCGCAAGGCCUCUUAUCAGAGAGGCUUCUUCACCCUUCCAAACUUCUCGCCCUUUUCUGAUGAACCGCCAGCGACACAAACUUAUCAUGAACGCAAGAUUUUUCCUCAUGGACGCAGAGAUCUAUACAACUUAAUUGCAGAUGUUGGUUCAUAUCCCAGUUUUGUGCCAUAUUGCACUGGUUCGAGAAUUUUGGAACGACGUGUGGGCCAGGAUGGUGUGGUCACUAUGGACGCGGAGUUAAUGGUCGGGUUUUUCGCAUUCAAGGAGAGCUAUGUGAGUAGGGUGACGUGUCGACCUUAUGAAUCUGUUCAGGCCGAAGCAUCGACUUCAACCCCUUUGUUCAAGACCCUUCAGACAGUAUGGCGCUUCCAACCAGCUUCGUCAACAUCUCCUCAUCCUUCCAGUGGUCCACCGCUCCAUGGCGAGGUCAGGACCUCUGUAGCCGCGGACAGCCAUUCUCCUGACGCCGGACCUACUCUUGUCACGCUCGAUAUCGCCUUUGCAUUUGAGAAUCCGUUGCAUUCUGCUCUGUCUGCAAAGUUUUUUGGGAAGGUGUCUACGCUCAUGGUACAGGCCUUUGAGGAACGCUGUCUAGCUGUGUACGGAUCUGGGACCAAGUGAUAUAACUGCCGCGACGUGCCAUAAAAAUAGAGGUGUGAAAUGCAAGGGGAUCAAUGCCAUUGUGGAGUGUACAAUUUUGGAUGUGUGAGCGGAGGUGAAUACUAUGCGAUCAAAUCUAUCCGCGGGCUGCUGCGCCCUAAACACGCGAUUGAUC